UGUUACAAAUUUGACGAGGGAUUACAACAGAUUAUAGUUAGCAGCACUGUCGAGAAAACACGUUGUUCCACAAGUGUAUAUUUCGUUUCGUUUUUCAACGGUUGUUAAACGAGGAUGUCGAAGCCCAUAGUAUUCGUGACCGGAAACGCGAAGAAACUGGAGGAGUUCGUGGCUAUUUUGGGAAAGAAUUUUCCACGAGAGAUUACGAGCAAAAAGGUCGAUCUUCCAGAGUAUCAGGGAGAGAUAGACGACAUUUGUCGCAACAAAUGUCGAGCUGCUGCGGAUCUGGUAAAGGGUCCAGUUAUCAUCGAGGACACCUGUUUGUGUUUCAACGCAUUAAUGGGCUUACCUGGUCCUUAUAUUAAAUGGUUCUUGGACAAACUCGGUCCAGAUGGUCUUUACCGGAUGCUGCAUGGCUGGGACGAUAAAAGCGCGGAAGCAGUCUGCACUUUUGCAUAUUGCGCCGGAGAACCGGAAGAUCCGGUAUUAUUGUUCCAAGGUCGAACACAGGGGACCAUCGUGAGUCCGCGAGGACCGCGAGACUUUGGCUGGGAUCCUUGCUUCCAGCCUUUGGACUACGACAAAACUUACGCAGAACUACCGAAAGAAACGAAGAAUCAAAUUUCUCAUCGUAGCAGAGCACUGCAGAAAUUAAAAGAUCAUUUUAUGAAGAACGUCGAGAGUCACGAGUCAGCGCAAGACUCCUAGAGAGAGGACAGCAUUGAUCACAUCUAUCUCCCGAUCUACAUUGUAUUUUUUUAAAUCAGUUUUCAUAAUAACUGAUUUGCAAAAAUAAACAUUUAUACCGUGAACCUA